CAAAAACUCUUCGAGACCGUUAUGCUUUGUUUUUGCAAAAUCAAAAUUGCAUGCAAUUUCGAAACAGAACUUCAAAACGCACGCAACAAACUAGAAAAAAUCAGACGCAAAGCCUUUCAGCAAAAUAUACAUGAUAUAAGCAAAAAAUCAAUCAAGAAAAACUAAAACAACUUUCAACAGAUGUCCUAACUAAUUUCUUCAAAACGUACCAAUUCGCACUUUCUUGCUCAAAAUGGCCUUGUUUAGAAAAACUACUAUUUCGGCAAGCUUCUUUGCUAGUGUUGGUUUUUUUGUUUUGCUACUAUCCAAUGCAAUGCUAAAUGCAAAAGCGCAAGUCCCUGGGCCGCCACCGCCAGGACCACCGGGGCCUUCACCACCAGGCCCGCCUGGCCCGUCGCCGCCAUCACCAACGCCGGCACCACCAACACUGUCACCACCAUCACCUGGGCCAUCUCCGGGGCCGUCGCCGCCCCCAAAACCACCGGGGCCUUCUUGCUUAUUUAAUUGUGCAUCGACAGUCAUAUCGUGCGUAUUGAAAUGUAAGGUGUCAGACGUCAUAUGCUACGUUCGCUGUGGAACCACCGCUAUCAAGUGCAUUACAGCAUGCGAUGGGAAAGCAACAGAGGAUCAAAUCUCGCCCAUAUUUGGCCGUAAAAUAAUUGUGAUAGGAAGAAAAGAGGCUGCUGGAACGGAGACGAGCACGAUUGAAGCACAAGCAAUGAUCAUGUCUACCGCCGGUGGCAGCAAAAUCGGCAUAAAAGGCUCCCUUCACUUUCGCAAGAACUCCAUGGGAGAAAAGACUCAAAUAAAUGGAAGACUUUUAGGGCUUUCUCCCGGUACUCAUGGCUUAAGCAUUUACUCCACCCCAAGUUGUGAAUCCGUUAAAGCUCAUUUUAAUCCGCUUAACAAGGAUCACGGAGCGCCUUGUGAUGAAAAUCAUCACGCUGGUCAUUUGGGGAACAUUGUCGCCAGUCCAGAUGGAAUCGCAAGGGUUUCAAUCGACGCGAAAACUAUCCAACUUAAGGGAGAUAACUCUGUUCUUGGUAUGGCGAUUGUUGUUCAUGCUGAUGAAGAUGAUCUUGGAAGAGGUGGAAAUAAAGAGAGCAAAAUGACUGGGAAUUCAGGAGCUGCCGUUGGGUGUGGGAUUAUUGGAAUCAAGCCAUCUUUUAAGAAUCACGUAAAAUGAAGAUACAAAAAUAAAAAACCGAACGAACGGUGACACUUGACUGUUAGUGUCUAAGUAGAUUUUUAUUAAGAAAUUAACCUAUUGAAUACUUACAUUUUAUCUACAUGCUACUAUCUGAUUUGUGUCUUUAUAAACAUCAAAUGUUGUAAUUAGAUGUCUCAGUACUAUCUAAUAUGCAUAUUACGUUAUGUUCGAAGUUCAAAAUUUGAAACUUUCUAAGUUUGUGAGCCGGUCUCAUUUGACACCUGCGUAAAAUCCAAUUGAUUGUUAAAGUUGACUCGUUUUGUUGUCUGGGCUUAAAGAGUUUAAAUUAAUGAGAGAU